AUGCUGGUGACCGCGACACUCGUUGACGCGAAGCACAAGAAGAGGAGCUCACAAACCUACAGUGGCUACGCGAAGAACACCGAAGAGGCGGUCAGCGAAAAGGCCAAGGAGCUGACUGACAAGGUCCUCAAGAACAAGCGCGAGCAGUGGCAAAAGGCGCAGCAGCGGUCUGGUGGUGGCAGCAGCAGCGGAGGCGUGAGGAGGACAGCAGAUAGCGCCGUCGCCGACCCUGUUAUCAUGGCUUUGCGGAGUGGCGGGAGAACCCGAUCCAGGGUGGUGACAAUUCAGCCAGCUGAGCCGACGGCGCCCGUCGACUGGCGCCAGCAGUCUACGGAAACGUUUCUCGCGUCCAUGGACAGCAUGGGGUAUGACAACGCGCUGAAACACUUGGAAGAAAUCGGCUCGACGUUUGCGAAGGACACCCGUAAACGCUUGCGAGAGUUGGAAGACAAGGCUGGCUGUGAAAGAAAAGGAAAGCGCUUUUGA